CCUGCGAAUUUGGGAUUCAAUUGGGAGGGACCGCUUACCCUGGGGAAAUGGAUUCUGUACCACGGCUGACCAGCGUUUUCACUUUGCUGUUCUCCGGCUUGUGGCAUUUAGGAUUAACAGCGACAAAUUACAACUGUGAUGACCCGUUAGCAUCCCUGCUCUCUCCAAUGGCUUUUUCCAGUUCCUCAGACCUCACUGGUACUCACAGCCCUGCUCAACUCAAUCGAAGAGUGGGAACUGGCGGUUGGUCCCCAGCAGAUUCCAAUGCUCAGCAGUGGCUCCAGAUGGACCUGGGAAACAGAGUGGAGAUUACAGCAGUGGCCACGCAGGGAAGAUACGGAAGCUCUGACUGGGUGACGAGUUACAGCCUGAUGUUUAGUGACACAGGACGCAACUGGAAACAGUACAAGCAAGAAGACAGCAUCUGGACCUUCGCAGGAAACAUGAAUGCAGACAGCGUGAUGCACCACAAGUUACUGCACUCAGUGAGAGCCCGGUUUGUUCGCUUUGUGCCUCUGGAGUGGAAUCCAAGUGGAAAGAUUGGCAUGAGGGUUGAGGUCUAUGGAUGCUCCUAUAAAUCGGACGUCGCUGACUUUGAUGGCCGAAGCUCCCUUCUGUACAGGUUCAAUCAGAAGCUGAUGAGUACUCUCAAAGAUGUCAUUUCUCUGAAGUUCAAGAGCAUGCAAGGAGAUGGAGUCCUGUUCCAUGGAGAAGGUCAACGUGGAGACCACAUCACCCUGGAGCUCCAGAAGGGGAGGCUUGCCCUGCACCUCAACUUGGAUGACAGCAAACUUCGACUCAGCAGCAGCCCACCCUCGGCCACCCUGGGCAGCCUGCUGGAUGACCAGCACUGGCACUCGGUCCUCAUCGAGCGGGUUGGCAAGCAGGUGAACUUCACCGUGGACAAACACACACAGCACUUCCGGACCAAGGGCGAGGCAGAUGCCUUAGACAUCGACUAUGAGCUUAGUUUUGGAGGAAUUCCAGUACCAGGCAAACCUGGGACCUUUUUAAAGAAAAACUUCCAUGGAUGUAUUGAAAACCUUUACUACAAUGGAGUAAACAUAAUUGAUCUGGCUAAAAGACGAAAACAUCAGAUCUACACCGUGGGCAAUGUCACUUUUUCCUGCUCCGAACCACAAAUUGUUCCCAUCACAUUUGUCAACUCCAGCAGCAGUUAUUUGCUGCUGCCCGGCACCCCUCAAAUUGAUGGGGUCUCAGUGAGCUUCCAGUUUCGAACAUGGAACAAGGAUGGUCUGCUUCUGUCCACAGAGCUGUCUGAGGGCUCGGGGACCCUGCUGCUAAGCCUGGAGGGAGGAACCCUGAGACUCGUGAUUCAGAAAGUGACAGAACGUGCGGCUGAAAUCCUCACAGGCGGCAACUUGCAUGAUGGUUUGUGGCAUUCAGUUAGCAUCACCGCCAGAAGGAACCGCAUCACUCUCACUCUGGAUAACGAGGCAGCAUUCCCAACUCAGGACACCAGCAGGGUGCAGAUUUAUUCUGGAAAUAGCUACUACUUUGGAGGGUGCCCCGACAAUCUCACCGAUUCCCAAUGUUUAAAUCCCAUUAAGGCUUUCCAAGGCUGCAUGAGGCUCAUCUUUAUUGAUAACCAGCCCAAGGACCUCAUUUCAGUUCAGCAAGGUUCUCUGGGGAAUUUUAGUGAUUUACACAUUGAUCUGUGUAGCAUCAAAGACAGGUGUUUGCCAAACUACUGUGAACAUGGAGGAAGCUGCUCCCAGUCCUGGACUACUUUCUACUGUAACUGCAGUGACACAGGUUACACUGGUGCCACCUGCCAUAACUCCAUCUAUGAGCAAUCCUGCGAGGUGUAUAGGCACCAAGGGAACACGGCUGGUUUCUUCUACAUCGACUCGGACGGCAGCGGGCCACUGGCACCUUUGCAAGUGUACUGCAAUAUCACAGAGGACAAGAUCUGGACCUCAGUGCAGCACAACAACACAGAGCUGACGCACGUGCGGGGCACGGACCCUGAAAAUCCCUACACCAUGACCUUGGACUAUGGUAGCAGCAUGGAGCAGCUGGAGGCUGUGAUUGAUGGCUCGGAGCACUGUGAGCAGGAGGUGGCCUACCACUGCAGGAAGUCCCGCCUGCUCAACACGCCAGAUGGAACACCGUUUACCUGGUGGAUUGGGCGGUCCAAUGAAAGACACCCUUACUGGGGAGGUGUUCCUCCUGGAGUUCAGCAGUGUGACUGUGGCCUGGACGAGAGUUGCCUAGACAUUCAACACUUUUGCAAUUGUGAUGCUGACAAGGAUGAAUGGACAAAUGAUACUGGCUUUCUUUCCUUCAAAGACCACUUGCCUGUCACUCAGAUAGUUAUCACUGAUACCAGCAGAUCAAACUCAGAAGCUGCUUGGAGAAUUGGUCCCUUACGUUGCUAUGGUGACCGACACUUCUGGAAUGCGGUCUCAUUUUAUACAGAAGCCUCUUACCUCCACUUUCCUACCUUCCACGCGGAAUUCAGCGCUGAUAUUUCCUUCUUUUUUAAAACCACGGCUUUAUCUGGAGUUUUUCUGGAAAAUCUUGGCAUUAAAGACUUCAUCCGACUUGAAAUAAGCUCUCCUUCUGAGAUCACUUUUGCCAUAGAUGUGGGCAAUGGCCCUGUGGAGCUUGUAGUCCAGUCUCCAUCUCUUCUGAAUGACAACCAAUGGCAUUACGUCCGGGCUGAGAGGAACCUGAAGGAGACCUCGCUCCAGGUGGACAGCCUCCCGAGGAUGACCAAGGAGACUUCGGAGGAGGGACAUUUCCGAUUGCAGCUGAAUAGCCAGUUGUUUGUAGGGGGAACAUCAUCAAGACAGAAGGGCUUCCUGGGUUGCAUACGUUCCUUACACUUGAAUGGGCAGAAACUUGACCUGGAAGAAAGGGCAAAGGUCACGUCUGGAGUCCGGCCAGGAUGCCCAGGCCAUUGCAGCAGUUACGGCAGUAUCUGCCACAACGGGGGCCAGUGUGUGGAGAAGCACAGUGGAUACUUCUGCGACUGCACCAAUUCACCAUAUGAAGGGCCCUUUUGCAAAAAAGAGGUUUCUGCUGUUUUUGAGUCUGGCACUUCGGUUACUUACAUGUUUCAAGAACCAUACCCAGUGACCAAGAAUAUAAGCCUGUCAUCCUCAGCGAUUUACGCAGAUGCAGCUCCAUCCAAGGAAAACAUUGCAUUUAGCUUUGUGACAGCCCAGGCACCCAGCCUCUUGCUCUAUAUCAAUUCUUCUUCUCAGGACUUCCUGGCUGUCCUGCUCUGCAAGAAUGGAAGCUUACAAGUUCGUUAUCAGCUGAGCAAGGUAGAAAUCCAUGUAUUCACCAUUGAUGUAGAGAACUUUGCCAACAGAAGGAUGCACCGCUUGAAGAUUAACCGAGAGGGAAGAGAGCUUACCAUUCAGAUGGAUCAGCAACUCCGACUCAGUUACAACUUCUCCCCAGAAGUCGAGUUCAGGGCGAUAAGGUCACUGACCUUGGGCAAAGUUACAGAGAAUCUUGGAUUGGAUACUGAAGUCGCUAAAGCAAAUGCCAUGGGUUUUAUCGGAUGCCUUUCUUCAGUCCAAUACAACCACAUAGCACCACUGAAGGCAGCCCUGCGCCAUGCCACCAUUGCACCUGUGACUAUCCAAGGGACCUUGACAGAAUCCAGCUGUGGCUCCAUUGUGAACUCAGAUGUGAAUGCAGUGACGACGGUGCAUUCUUCAUCAGAUCCCUUUGGGAAGACAGAUGAGAAGGAACCACUCACCAAUGCAGUUCGAAGUGACUCGGCCAUCAUUGGAGGAGUAAUAGCAGUGGUGAUAUUCAUCAUCUUCUCUAUCAUCGGCAUCAUGACCCGGUUCCUUUACCAGCAUAAACAGUCGCAUCGUACUAACCAAAUGAAGGAGAAGGAAUAUCCAGAAAAUUUGGACAGUUCUUUUAGAAAUGAUAUUGACUUGCAAAACACAGUGAGCGAGUGUAAACGGGAAUAUUUCAUCUGAAAAACUGCAGGGUCAUGUACUAUUCUUUUUUCUGCUGUUGUGAAAGUUUUCUCCUUCUCUUCUUUCUCUUGUCUUUUAAUUUUGGUCACUCUCUUUCUCUUAUUUGUUUGCCAAUUAUUUUUGGAACAUACGUGUAUCCACCACAGCAUAUAUCCCCUUGCCCCAGACCAGAAGACCAGGCAGCUAUGGCCACUGCCUUCCUCUUUGACAAACCUAUUGUGGUGAUAAUGAUCACUCAAGAGACUGACAAGGAAGAGACACAUGUGUGCGCAUGUGCACAUUCAAUUCUGUAUUUCCAGUUUCUAAGAUGCACUCUUCAGUUCUGCAGUUAUUUCGUCUUGCAGGCUGACUUUGAAACUGAGCUCUAUGACUUAGGCAUAUAACAGUCAUUCCUGACAUCCUUCCCCUUCUCAAGUCUAUUCCUACCAGGGAACUCAGGGUAGAGAAAGAAGAUGCUGGAGGCCUAGUUUGCUUUCGCACUUUAAAAGGAACAAGAGAGGUUUGUUUUGUGUGAGUUUUCCUUACCAUAACAAGUCCAUUGGCCUAACUCAUCGCCCUUUUUCACUGUGACUCUUGUCUCCUGAGUAUUUUCAAAUACAGGAUUCCUGAGAGCAGUGAGCUAUUACUUUGCUCCUUUCUUACCACUCUCUCCUGGGGCCAACACUUUAGAACAGCACACAAUAGCAUAAACCUAGAGGAAGCAUGGAAAAUAGAAGCCUGAAACUAGCAGGUAAAAAGAAAGCUGCUAGGAAGUAGAUGUUCUAUAACUUCAAAAAUGCCUCUUCCAAUUAUGUAAGAAAUGUUAGCUAGGUUAUUCCUGAGAUUAUUAUACUGAGGUCUAUAUAUAUAUAUAUAUAAAUAUAUAUAUGUGAGUUGCUGCAACAUAAAGAAAUUCAAAUAAAAGUUUAAAAUAGUACCUCGUUCCAUGAAAGAUCUUAAACUAUCUUAACUCAGCUUAAAAACAAAAAACAAAACUGCAUGAACGAAGAGAAAUACCAAACAGAAAUUUUCCCUUCCAUCCACUCACUAAAGAUCUGGUUCAGAAAGGGAAUGCAGGUUUCACAUUUCAAAACAGACAUAAUGAUCCACCUCUGUGUGCAUGCAUCGAGCCAUUUCUCUAAGAAGUUUAGGAUGCACUGACAUAUGAGGCAUUACGGUUAGCUCCAGCGAACCCUCACUACUUAAUUUCAGAGGAGCCCUUAGGUUCCAUAACAUAUCACAUUUUCACAUCUGCUAUAUGCUAUGUACCUAAAGACCCCCCUCCCAUACACACACACAUAUUUUUGUAGGCAUAAACUCCCAGACAAGAUGGUGACAAAUUUAACGGUCUUUGCCCUUUUUGAUAACAAAGCAUCAAAGAAACACAAUCGUUCCACCAAGAAGGCAUUUUGAGUUCAUCCACGAGGAGGUGGUAAGAAUCCUGAGGAUUUUGCUAUAGCAAUAUGACUCACUCUUUGCCUCUGGGCCAUCUUGGAGAAAAUGAUAAGGGAGAAACAAUGUAAAUGCUCCAGUAUUCUGGGAAUGCCAAUAUAAUGAUCCACAGAUGUGGAAAGUACUUACUGAUUCUCUUUACAGGACAGAUUCGAUUCGGAAAACAAUUACCACAUCGCUGUUCACCAGCCUUGACAGUUAGCAGACAUUCUGUCUUGUUCUUAGUGCGUCUAUCGCCUCUGAUUAGUUAACACUUUCCUCCAUGAUGAGGAUCACAAUGAAGAACUCAUUAGCUUCACCCUAUUUCAGGCUUUUCCUUCUCUGUCAGAGAACAGAGGGCAAGGAUUUAGUUUGUAGUCAUACUUCUCUACUUUAAGAUGUUAUUCUAAAUACACAUUCUCUCUUUAAAACUUUCUGUGGAUUCUUAGUUAAUCACUUCAUCAUUUCCAUUAUAUCAUUUUGUUAGUAAAUUUAUUUUAAAGUGAUUCUAACAAGAGCAUCUUUUUUCCUUCUUCUCGCUUUAAUAAGAUAAAUGAUCCAUUAAUAAGAGUAAAGAUCUUUAAAUGCUGUUUUCUCCUGUCCUGUUCGCCCCUAUUCCUAAUUUUCACUUUUGAAUUUUCUGUUUCCAUAAAAAGGCUUUAUAAAUCAGCCUUUUGCUUGGCUACGUAGUCCUUUGUCCCCUGAAAUAAAAGUCACCAUGAAGUCUAGUUGGUUUAGCCUGAAGCAUCUCCCAUAAUGAAAUGGAAAGGAAAAGGAAGAUGUGAGUAAUAAAGCUGGAGCUGCUCAUUUUUCAAGUCUCUGAGAAGCGAGGACUAUAUUUUGCUGACAGAGUGCUGAUGGAAAAAGUGGAGGACUAGCAAAGCCCAGCUUAAAGUAUUUGCUUUCCUCACCUACUUCUCUAUGCUCAUAGGUAGUUCUGUAGGGUGAAGAAGCUCCAUCCUUGCCGCAUCUGGACUAUAGAAUCUCCAGCAUACCUCCCCGCAUAUGUAGACUGUACAUACACACACACUACGUUUCAUAGACCUAAAGACAAAUGCCAAGACAGUGCAAUCUGCAUGUCAUUCCUGUAAGUAGAGUCUCAGGGCUAAGUCAGAAUUAUUUUUACAGGGUUGGAUUAUGUCGUAACCCCAGAGAAUAUGCUCACUUUCACUAGAUGUGUAUGAAAAGCAAGCAAUCUUCUCCCUCCAAAGGAAAACACAAUUUUCAAUUAGAAAUAAGUACAAACUGCUGGUCUUUCCUCAGUAGUACCGAAAUCCAACAGUUUUCAACUGUUCAAUUAUGUGAGUUUCAAUACUUGAACAAUUAUAAUCUAAAACAAAUAGUCUUUGAGAGCAUUCUAUUCCCUCUUUAAUCAUCGUUUUCUGCUUCAGUAGUCAGCUUUCCUGACUGCAUGCUCUGGCUAGCAGGAUCACCAUAAUCCUCCACUUUAACCCUCAGUUUUUGAUAACUGCUGUUUACAAAAGGACUUUAUGGAUUGUGGUCACUUUACAGUAAAACCAAAAAAACUGUACAAUUUCGAAUUCUAAGGGGGCUGUUUCAUUGAUAUCAUUUCCACCAAACAAUCUAUUUAUGCAGGCAACAGUAUAUUUACUUACCUUAAAAUAUAUUUAACACCUGCUGCAUUGUUCAUUGUCUGUAUAGGUUAGAUUGCUGUGGUUUCAAUGAGAAUUCUUCUAGAGCAUUUGACAUUUGUCACUUCUCUAGAUAUAUUUUUAUGGAUAGCUUAGCCUCUUCUAUUCACUCUCAACUGCAUACAGGAGAUUCAUUUUAAGGAUCCUAGGGCUGAUUUUUUAAAACAUAUUUUGUUCUCUUUACUAAUAACAGAGAUGGUACUAACCUGACCUCCACUUUUUGUCAGAUCUUUUCCUACCACAAAGUAACAGGAGCAGAUAUAUCUAUGCAGAUAUAUUUCUUUAGAGGGAGAUGAAUUGACUCUUUAGGGGGAGCAAGAGUAAAUGUUCUAAAGUACUUUUUAAGAAGCUGAAUUCUCUCCAUUAUUGCUUCAAUUCUGGUUGGGGGAUUCUGAAAAUCCUCCUUCUCAUCAGUCAGACCUAAGUGACGAUUUGGGGACUCUCUUUGGGGUAGGAAACAACAAUCUCCCCUUCUGCUCUUCUUCUUUUCUCAGUUAUUUUUUUGCCAUCUAUUGUUGACCAUCUGUUGUUUUCCAUCUAUUGUUAAAAUGCCAUGUCAUUUUUCUUCCAGACAUUCCUUAAGCUCUUUGUUGUAUUCCAGCUCCUCCUAAAACCGUCCUUUGUCCUGAUGAACAAUUUUGACUCUGUUUAGGAAGAUCUUUGAGAACUAGAUGAAGCAUAUUUUGAGUAAAUAAUUGACUAAAAGGUGUCAUCCACUGAAGUGAGGUCUCACCUGUGUGCUCUGGGUGAAUUUUUCCAAUCCUGAAAGUCACACAUGUCUGUUCUCUGCAGGAAGCUCAUUCAGUUAGCAGAGCCACUUUGGGAGGCCACAAGCAGAGCAUCUCCUCCAAGAUAUACAGGGAGAUAGGAAUCAGGCUGUUGAGUUCUUUCUUAUAAAAAGACUUGACAGUUGGUCCACCAACACCCUGGCUUCCUUGAAUUCCUCCAUAGCUACAAUUCCUCAAAACUACAUUCUAACACCUGCCUGCCAAGGAGAAUUUGAAACACAGUGUAUAACUCUGAUACUCAUUUUCCUUAACCUAAAGGCUUGGACAUACUUAGUCUUCAACUGUCCUGUAGGUCGCAAGUAGACCAAAUAAAUAAAAAAGCUUCCUUGUUUCUGCAAAUGCAAAAGUGGUUAAUGAAAGAAGGUACAGGCAAACUCAAAUCUUUCAGAAUACUUGGAGGAUAACUGAGUGCUAUUUCAUACCUCUCAUGCAGUUUAAAAUGCUUUCUUUAAAAGACACGUAGUGUAAUUGAAUUACUUCCAUAUACUGUCCCUGAGUCCUCCUUAACCUCUCCUCCCAGCCUCUCAAUCAUACUCCUGUUUGGUAAGCCAUCUAGUCUGCAAUUAUGGUUCUCCCCAGUUUUCAUCUCUACUUUCACAAAUUCCAAAUAGUGGAACCUCCUAAAGGAAAAAAAAAAAUGAAAAGAAUAAACACACACCUACACAAAUAAUUUGUAAAAAUAGGGCUGUUAUUCAAGCUUUCUUCAGGACAUUCUCCACACAUAUCUGUUUAUUAGGGAGGGACAUAUUUUCUUUUGAGUUGACAGAUAUUUGAAAACUUUAUAUAAGGUUUUACUACUUAACUCUUUUGCUAUUUUUGAUUUUUCUCUGAUUUUGCUCUGAGGUACUCUGAGGAAGAAUAGAAAAGCACAUUUUUUAGUGAAAUAUUGUACUUUGUCAGCUAGUUGUCUGUCUUUUAUAAUGUUACAGUCUACAAAGUGGCUGAGCAAACAUAAGCCAGGAUUAAGGCAAAAGUCAGUUUGUUGUUUGGACCAUACCUGCUGGGAACAUGUACAGGAGAAAGAGAGAAUGCCUAGCAGCAACUGGUGACUGUCCCAGGGGAGGAGGGUCAUUGCUUCCACCAGGAUCCAUGGCAGCAGCUCUUCCCACCUUCCUGGCUCCUCACUCAGGAGUCUCUGUAGUGCAUUUGGAUCACCAUCUUACACAUUAGGGAAAGAGGCAAUAUCAUGGUCUUUGCAUGAGGAAUUCUUUUUUCACCUUUGUAUGAUAUUUUUGUCCCUUUCCAAUUCUACUCAACCAUCUCUCAUCAGGAUUUUCCAAGAUGCUUUAAAGCUAUUGCCGCAAUUAUUUAACCUGCUCAGAUUGAGCACCCAGAUACAACUUUAAGGAAAAGCGACUAUCAGAAUGCUCUCUUGGUCCACUAUCAUGAAUUGGAACCCCCAUGGGUGCAAGUCCUGAGGUCCUGAAAUCAGUCUAGUGAUCUUUCUUUCUCCUUCAUUGUUCCUGCCAUCCACAGGCAUGCCAUAAUGGUGUGAAGGUGUGAUACUCUUCAUUCCUGACAGUGAGUACUGCCAGGGACCCAUCAUCUAACACUAUGUGGGGACACUGUUCUCUUCAAUGCUCCCAAGUGACACAGGGAAAACUUUACAAAAUAGCGGAACAAACUCAAGCGAGUAGUCCUAGGCCAUGACCAAAGGUGAAGCUGAUUGUUUUAGUGAUUAAAUUCUGGUCGUAUUUUUCUUAGCUUCAUAUUCUUCUAUACCUCAGAUGCCAGUAGCCUCAGAGGACAUGAACAAGGUGCAGGGUGUGCAACAGGAGCAUUGUGUAACACUGCAGACCCCUUGGAAGGCCUCCCCAUAUUUAAUAUUUAGGAGAUAAUAUUAAUGGGCAUCUGACUAGUCAUACCUUUCCAUUGUAAUCAACCCCAUCCCACUUUCACAUAAAUAUUAUUAGUCUCUUCUCUUUGAAUGGCAGCGUCAAUCUGUGUUACCUUGUCCUGCCUUAAAUACUCAUGCAAAAAAUACCAAACCUUGCUUAAAGCAGCAUAGAUAUAUCAUGAGAGGGACUUUGUCUUACUGAGGUCCAACACCAAGAAUUUUCUCCUUCUGAAUCUGGUAGUUGAUGAUAUCCUGAUAUCCUGUGCUGUCCUGGACUGUCACUCCCCUCAGUCAACUGGAAGAGGCAAAAAGAGAGCAGAGUUGUCAUUGGGAAUAGAAGUGCAGGCUGAGGGGGAACUAAAGGUCUGCCUCCAGGAUAGGACAAGUAAGGACUCAGCAAACCUUUUCUGAAGGCCAAGUAGUCGAUAUUUUAGGCUUUGCAGACCAAACAGUCUCUGUUGCAACCUCUAAUGUUGUAGCAGGAAGGCAGCCAUAUGUAGAUCGAUAGACUUGGCUGCGUUUCAUAAAACUUUAUUUUCAAAAACAGCGGGUCAUAUUUGGUCCAUAGGCUAUAGUUUGCUGAUCUCUAUGACAGAGCAUUACAACAAUGUCCAUUUCAGUUGGGAAAUCAGUCUCACUGGUGUGUAGUGGUCCUCUUUUUUUGAGGAACGAGAAAGAAUAGGGAAACUAUUAACAAUUAAACAAUAGAAUGCAAAAUAACCUCCCCCUCUCCCCAGAAAACACAUAUGUCAGACUCUUUAUAAUGGCAAAAGCACAAAACAGGUCACCUUUCUUUGUAGAUCUGCCAGAGUCUAGCUUUUUCUUUUGACCUUCUCACUUUUGUUCCCAAAACAGAAUCCCAAGUGAUGUUGCCUCGUUCCAAGUCAGUUUUGUAGACCAUGUAACAUGUCUUAAUACACUGUAUGGGCAAAAAUAAAAGUUAG